AUGAAUGUUAAAGACAGAGAACCUGUUCUAAAAGCACGAAAGAAUCGUGCGAGACGAGUAUCUAUAGCAAUCUGCGCAAUAACAGCCGUCCUUGUAAUGAUAUUCUGCUUCGCAACAGGAACAGUUGUUGAGUACUCCCCUUAUACAAUCGAGAAAAAUUCGACAGAUGUUUGCUACAGAAAGAAGGAAAAGUUAACUUUUCCUGGCUUCUUCACAGCAGCGUUGGGCUUACUUAGUAUUGUACUUGGAACGUUGGUCGACCGCUUGUCGCUUAUUGCUGAAGAACGCCAUCAUCUACGAGAGCGCUAUGGUGGAAGUCGUGUCAAGAUGAUUAAAGCUUGCUUCAGUGGAAUCUCGUGGGGUCCAGUCAUCUCUUUAAUAAGCUUGACCGCUGUAAUGGUCGUUAUUAUUAUUUUCCUGACGGGCAUGCCUUGGUUUGAGCUACGAUAUCUUGUCUAUAUCUUCAGCGGUGUCGGCGUGGGUCCACUUAUUAUGCAGUUACUCAACCUAAACACUCAGUCGGAGGUUCAUAUUUCGGAAAUUCUGGAAGAGAAGGAGAU